UCCAAAGUCCUGUAAGUACGCUGUCCAAAGUCUAGUCUAGUCAAGUGUAAUAUAUAGUUGUGUUUUGUCAAGUUCAUUGUUAAGUGUAACCCUGUUUAGUGUUUUAGUGUAGUUUAGGUCUUGUCUAGUUUAGUGUUCAUUGUGUAUCUUGUUAUGUGGUUUUGCCCCCUCGUGGGUUUUAUUUUCUGCUUUUGUUACAAAUAAAGUCUUAAGUGUUGUUCAUCUCGGUCUGCAUUUGGGUUCAUCCUUCAAACCAUAACAGAAUGCACAAGCCAGUUAAGAACCCAGCGGACUGGAUGUACCGUCGCUGUGCAAGGAGAGGCCGCAGCAUCUCUGUAGUUCUUGAACCGGGUCCCACCUGGUACGAUCCUCUCCUGUUUGGACCUGGGGUCAAUUCUAGGAGGGAGCCAGCCAGAACCGCUGGUCCCAUCCCGUUGACUGCCAUCCCGGAGGAUCGAGCCAUGGGAGGUAUUGUCUUUGGCGACCCGAGUCAUCAUCCUCCAGCCCCAGAGAGCUCCUCCCCACCCAAGUCGCUUUGUGGAAAGCGCGAGCGGAGAAUUUCAUGGGAGUCGGCGUCCGAGGGGUCCUCCACAGAUCUUGCCACUCCCACCACCGCGCUCAUCCCACCUGCCCUGUUCACCGCACCACGCCCGCGCAGGAAGAGGAGGAGGAGAGGGGUUGUGGACCCUCAGCCCCUGCCGUCUGCGCAGCCACCGCUGCAGCCCCUGCCGUCUGCGCAGCCACCGCUGCAGCCCCUGCCGUCUGCGCAGCCACCGCUGCAGCCCCUGCCGUCUGCGCAGCCACCGCUGCAGCCCCUGCCGUCUGCGCAGCCACCGCUGCAGCCCCUGCCGUCUGCGCAGCCUGUCGCAGCGCCCCCUGUCACGGACCCUGUCUCGUCUCCGCUGCCGGAAGCAGCGCCCCCUGUCACGGUCCCUGUCUCGUCUGCGCUGCCGGACGCAGCGCCCCCUGUCACGGUCCCUGUCUCGUCUGCGCUGCCGGACGCAGCGCCCCCUGUCACUGACCCUGUCACUGUCUCGUCUCCGCUGCCGGACGCAGCGCCCCCUGUCACUGACCCUGUCACUGUCUCGUCUCCGCUGCCGGACGCAGCGCCCCCGGUCACUGACCCUGUCACUGUCUCGUCUGCGCUGCCGGACGCAGCGCCCCCUGUCACUGACCCUGUCACUGUCUCGUCUCCGCUGCCGGACGCAGCGCCCCCUGUCUCUGUUCCUGUCUCGUCUCCGCUGCCGGACGCAGCGCCCCCUGUCUCACCGGCUCCAUCUGUUGCUUCCUCCCCUGCACUGUCAUCCUGUGCAUCUGCAUCAUCCCCGGCCUCUGUCUCCAUGUCCUCCCUGAGCUCUCUCCCCUACCCAGUGAGUCCUCGCUCGCCUUUGUCUGCUCCCUUGUCUGCCCCCGUCACGCCCUGGAACCCUGCCGUGCCUCCUUUUGUCCCCCCAGUCAUUCCUGCCUCUACCCAGCCUCUGUUUACUCCUUCCGGAGCUGUUCCUCCUUGUCCUUCCCCCACCAAGCCUGCUGUCUCCAAGAACCCUACCAAACCCACCCGGACUCUUCGCCCCAAACCUUCUACCUCCCCCUUGGGACCCAAGACCCCUUGCCCACCCAGCUCCACCCCACCAGGACUUCCUCACAUAAACUCUGUUCCCCCUCCCCCCCUCCCUUGUUUAUUGUUUUUAUUGUGUCACCCCAACCCUUUUUGUUCCCCUGGGGAGCGUCUGGUAGCCGCUCCUUAA